AUGCACAAACCCCUCAGGUCCGUGUCCAUUGCAGCGUCUUUCGCCGGCGCCGUCUUCAACCUUGUCUUCGCCGUUCGCCUGCUUGCCCUGUGGCGAUCGCUCGGCUGGGAGUCCGAGUCCGAGUGGGAGGCGUCGGAUGUCUGGAGGGUCGAUAGCGUCAAGAUCGUGUGGGGGCUGCUGUCGACGUACUUCGCAGCGGCCUCGCUCGCGUGUUUCGUCGGCUUCGUCGGUCUCACGAAGACCAUCCCUUCAUUUGUCCGCUUCUACCGCGACUACUCCAUCGCCGACUUCGCGUUCGUCACAGUCGGCACCCUCUUCGUAGGCUACACCGCCUUCAGCAGACCGUAUGUGCGAACAAGCGUGUGCGAAGAGCUUUCCCGCCAUCCCGACCUCAUGCGCGACAUGGUCGAGAUGGGUCUCAACCUCGAGAACUGCGAGUUGUGGUUCGAGCGUGCCGUCGUGGCAGCGGUGGGCGUGAUGUUCAUCCUCAUGGUGAUCAGAAUGCACACGCUCAUCGCGCUGUCGAGAUACCAGCGUCACCUCGCGCGUGACCAUUUCGCGAGUAGCAAGUCGCACACGAGCCUGCGCUCGAUCAACACCGACUCGCUGCACCGCAUCUACCUCCUUCCCACACCCACUUCCCCACCGUCCACCUCCUUCAGCUUCAACCACUUUGACACAUCUGCGCAUGCCCGAUCCAACUCGGACAACAACAUCGUUGUGUACGCGCCCGUACCAGUGGGCGGCAUGUCCGAGCAGGAGGCGCGCAAGAUGAACGCGACGGAGGCAUGGAUCCCGCUACGCCAGAGCUCCGAUGGUGCCAGUACUCCGCGCGCGCACGGGCACAGACGCACGCGUUCGUCGUCGGCACACUCGCACCGCCAUCAUAGUUCCGUGCCGCGUGUCCCCGCGGUACGGAGAGAGGCGUGCGCUCCGGUAGAUGAGAAGUCGGAGAUGGGCCCGCUCGUCUGA